GCCUUCUUCGCAAUUGUAACGUCACCACACCAUCCAAUCAAUCUCUUCCUCCUACACCCUUUCCUUGUCUUCUGCCACCUUCUUUAUAUCUCCCCAUCCCAACGGUUACUUUUUUCCUUUAAUGGGGCCGUUAACAUAUUCGCCAUAAAUCUGCUUCACACGCAUGCUUUUCGGAGAGAUAUAAGGAUAGAAGGGAGAAGAGACAGGGAGUGAGAGUUCGUUUUGAGUUUUAGAGGGAGACCCAGAUGGAUUUCAUUUCCUUCUUGACGUCCCUAGGGACGUCGUGUGUGAUAUUCGUGAUUCUGAUGCUGCUUUUCGCGUGGUUGUCAAAGAAGCCGGGGAACGCCGUGGUGUACUACCCGAACCGGAUCUUGAAGGGUUUGGAUCCGGUUAACGGUGGCUCUAGGACCCGUAACCCGUUCGCGUGGAUCCAUGAGGCUAUGACCGCCUCGGAACAAGAUGUGAUCUCCAUGUCCGGGUUAGACACUGCCGUGUACUUCGUGUUCAUGGGCACCGUUUUGGGAAUCUUGGUCCUAUCUGGCAUAGUGCUGCUGCCUGUUCUUCUACCAGUUUCUGCUACUGAUGUUAGUGUGAUGAAGACUGCCGCAACCACAAGCAAUGGGACCUUUAAUAAAUUUGAUAAGUUAUCCAUGGGAAACAUCACCCCAAAGAGUUCUCGGUUGUGGGGAUUUCUGCUAGCCACUUACUGGGUUUCAUUUGUUACAUAUUACCUCUUAUGGAAAGCAUAUAAGCAUGUCUCUGGACUGAGAGCAGACGCGCUUAUGUCUCCUGAAGUGAAGCCUGAACAAUUUGCCAUUCUCGUCAGAGACAUACCUGGCUUUAAAGGUCAAACUAGAAAAGAACAGGUCGAUUCAUAUUUUAGAGCUAUCUAUCCUGAGAAAUUUUACAGAUCAAUGGUGGUAACAGACAACAAAGUGGUAAACAAAAUUUGGAAAGAGUUAGAAGGGUACAAGAAGAAGCUUGCACGUGCUGAAGCAAUAUAUGCCAAGUCAAAAACAACUGGCAAACCAGAAGGAGUAAAACCCACUAACAAAACUGGCUUCCUUGGUCUUUGUGGUGCAAAAGUAGAUAGCAUAGAGUACUAUAGUGGAAAGAUUCAUGAACUAAUCCCAAAACUGGAAUCAGAACAAAAAGUCACUCUCAGAGAGAAGCAGCAAGAUGCUGCUCUGGUCUUUUUCACGAGCAGGGUGACUGCAGCUGCUGCAGCCCAGAGUCUACAUGCCCAAAUGGUUGACAAAUGGACAGUUACAGAUGCUCCUGAACCACGUCAACUGAUAUGGACUAAUCUUAAAAUCAAGCUUUUUCAGAGGAUACUACGGCAAUAUGUUGUGUAUUUUAUUGUGGCCUUGACCAUAUUUUUCUACAUGAUUCCAAUUGGGCUUAUUUCUGCUCUCACAACACUGGACAAUUUGAAGAAGCUUCUCCCAUUUAUAAAGCCAAUUGUGAAGAUGAAAGCACUCAAGACUCUGUUGGAAGCUUACCUCCCUCAGCUUGCACUCAUUAUCUUUUUGGCUUUGUUGCCCAAGUUCCUUUUCUUUCUCUCUAAGGCCGAGGGAAUUCCCUCUGUAAGCCAUGUAGUAAGAGCUGCUUCUGGGAAGUAUUUCUAUUUCACUGUGUUAAAUGUUUUUAUUGGAGUGACAGUGGGCGGGACCUUGUUCACUACAUUCAAGACCAUUCAGAAUCGUCCCAAAUCUGUAGUUGACAUACUAGCGAAUGGUCUGCCAAGCAAUGCAACGUUCUUCCUGACCUUCGUGGCUUUGAAGUUCUUUGUUGGCUAUGGUCUUGAACUGUCUAGAAUAGUUCCUUUAAUUAUAUACCAUUUAAAGAGGAAGUAUCUGUGUAAGACUGAGGCGGAGUUGAAAGAAGCUUGGACUCCUGGGGAUCUUGGAUAUGCAACUAGGGUUCCGGGUGACAUGCUGAUUUUCACAAUUGUCCUGUGCUACUCUGUUAUAGCUCCUCUUAUUCUCCCAUUCGGCGUGGUUUACUUUGGCCUGGGAUGGCUAAUUCUUAGAAAUCAGGCACUCAAAGUUUAUGUUCCGUGUUAUGAAAGCUAUGGAAGGAUGUGGCCUCACAUGCAUAAACGCGUCCUAGCAGCUCUAAUCUUAUACCAAGUUACUAUGUUUGGUUACUUUGGGACAAAGAAAUUCUACGGUGUACCAUUGCUACUUCCACUCCCCAUACUGUCUUUGCUCUUUGGAUAUGUCUGUAGUCAGAAAUUCUAUCGCUUUUUCCAGGACACGGCUCUGGAAGUUGCCAGCCAUGAGUUGAAGGAAAUUCCUAACAUGGACCAGGUUUUCAGAUCCUUCAUCCCACCAAGCUUGAGAUCUGAGAAGAAUGAUGAUGAUCAGUUUGAAGAUGCUUUGUCACAGUCGGUUUCAAGAACAGGGUCAUUUGUUUGAUGUACAUUUGUGUAUUCCACGAGAUUUAUGUUGGUUUUGAUGGAACUUAGCAUAUUUGUUGACAAGAGUUGAUUGUCUGUAAUAUAUAUAUAUUAUGUUUAUGUUAGUUUGAACCACUUGUGUGUGGAGUUUCUUAUUUGGUACUGUUUAACCGCAGACAGGUUGAUGUGAUUCUGGACAAUAUCAUUUGUCUCUUGUAACAGGGUUCAAGGUUGUCUUUUAAUGUCAACUACAAAUGAUAUCA